CGAGGAUGUCAACCAUCUCUCAGAAGCACAGGGACUUCGUGGCUGAGCCCAUGGGGGAUAAACCAGUCACUGCUCUAUCAGGCAUUGGAGAUGUUCUGGGCAAGAAGCUGGCAGAGCAGGGCUUUGAUAAAGCAUUUGUAGUGUUGGGCAAGUUUCUUUUGCUGAAGAAGGACCGUGAACUGUUCCAUGAGUGGCUGAAGGACACCUGCGGGGCCAAUUCCAAGCAAGCAGACACCUGUUCUCAGUGUCUUUCCAAAUGGUGCGAAACCUUUCUCUGAAUCUGGUGGCUUUCUUUCUUUCUUUCUUUCUUUCUUUCUUUCUU